CAGCUGCUGCGCUGACGUUUUCAUGUUGACAUCUGGUCCCACGAGAAAAUCAACCGGUCCGGUAUUUUGUUGUUGUGAUGUUUAUUUUGAGCUUUGCUCAUUUAGAAGAUUUUUCCCGUUUGCACGCACGUCCCGCCGGUCCCGCUGGUGCAGCACAAAUUGUAGAAAAGCACUCACUAAGGACGGGAAUUCUUUUUCCCUUAUCGUGCCAUAUCAAGCAAUCAACCACAUUUAAUCGGAUUCGUUGAAUGCAACAAAGUUUGCGGUGGAAUGGAAACGUAAGACGUUGGACAUAAUAGCAAAGUAAAAAAAAACACCGGAAAGGAUUCAUACCCAUGACGCGUUUUGGCUAAAUAAUGUGAGUUAUGUUUUCUUCUCCCGUCCACAUCAUCUGGCCGCAUCUGGCAAGCCCCAUGCGUUGAUGCGCCUGUCGCAGUUUAUUUUAGACGUGUUCUGCUAGUAAAAAUAGCUUCGCUACGACACAUUUGAACGCUUGUCACCGUACGGGAGCAUCUGCAGUAGCAGCAGCAACAGCAGAUCAAUACAAUUACACACAGUGCCAACAAAGUGAACACGCAGGAAAACAUUCGAGGCUAAAAGGACCUUUCCCAGGGCUGGUUCUUGAUAUACACGGUGGAUUAGUAGUCGAUCGAUUCUAAACAUCGGACCCGCGCACAUAUUCUAUGUCCGUGGCCCGGUAGCAGCAACACCGUGGGGACGAUGUCGGUGCUAGUGUUUCUGAUUGCAGCCGCCCACUGCGUGUACACGCCAUUCACGAAGGUUGAGGAGAGCUUUAACCUGCAGGCGAUACACGAUCUGCUCUAUCACCGGACGAAUCUUACCGAGUACGAUCAUCAUGAGUUUCCGGGCGUGGUGCCACGCACCUUUCUGGCACCGCUGUUCAUCACGUUCUUGGUGACGCCAAUCGCAACACUGCUUGAAAUGUUCGAGAUCAACAAAUUUUGGAUGCAGUAUGCAGUGCGAUUUACACUCGCCGCCACGGUCGUUUUUGCUUGGAAUCGGUUAAUGGUGACCAUCCUUCACAAGUUCGGCGUGACGGUCGGUGUGUGGUUUAUGCUGAUCACUGCCACUCAGUUCCAUUUCAUGUUCUACAUGAGCCGGCCCCUUCCGAAUAUAAUGGCCCUACCGCUAGUGCUGCUUGCAAUCGAUUUUUGGCUAAACCGGUGCGUCAAACGCUUCAUCGUUUGUUCCGGUGCGGCAAUCAUAAUAUUCCGUGCCGAACUAGCGAUGCUGCUCGGUCUGUACCUACUGUACGAUAUUUACUACAAGCGGAUCUCAUUGUCGGUCUUCCUGCGCACCGCCAUACCGGCCGGUGUGUUUCUGGUCGUGCUCACUGUCACCGUCGAUAGUUAUUUCUGGCGCCGGCUACUAUGGCCGGAAGCGGAAGUGUUUUGGUUCAACACUGUGCAGAACAAAAGCUCCGAAUGGGGCACCUCGCCCUUCCUGUGGUACGUUUAUUCCGCGCUGCCACGUGCGAUGGGUCUUUCGAUCGUGUUUGUACCGUUGGGGUUGUACCUGGAGACACGCAUACGGUCACUGGUUGUGCCUGCGGUUGUGUUUGUGCUGUUGUUUUCCUGCCUACCGCACAAGGAGCUAAGGUUUAUUAUCUACGUGUUUCCGCUGUUUAAUGUGGCUGCCGCUUGUGCGUGCAAUCGGCUGUGGCUUAAUCGGCAGAAGAGUCUGUGGAACAAAUUUCUUUCGUUUGUAUGUAUCGGUCAUCUGUUCGGGAACACACUGCUCACGAUGUUUCUGCUACUGGUGGCCGGUACUAACUAUCCCGGUGGAGUAGCCAUCUCUAGAUUCCAUCGCCUUGCAGCGGGAGAAACGAACAUAUCCGUCCAUAUCGACAACCUGUCUGCCCAAAGUGGUGUUUCGCGAUUCGCUCAAAUUAAUCCCGACUGGACCUACAGCAAACUGGAGAACCUACGGCCCGACGACGAAAUGUUGCACCGGUUUGACUAUCUGCUAACGGAGGCACAGGAUAAAUAUUCCGACAAGAUGCGCGUCCUAUCGCAAACGCACGAAAUUGUUGAAUUUGUCGAGUGCUUUAACAGUAUCGGAUUGCAGUACCGGUCGGUGCUACCGGUGAAAAUUAAAACCAAACCAUGCAUCUUUAUUAUGCGCCGUCGGUACGAUCUCGCCAACGAUCGGUUACGGUGGUCUUCCGUGUUGGAAGGUAGUGGCGAAGAUGCAUUUAAUGACGCAACACCCGUGCCUCUUUCGGAACAGGAUGAGGAAGAAAAGGAAGAUGAAGAGGAAGAGGAAGACGAAGAGGAGGAGGGAGAAACAGAGAAAGAUGAUGUAACUGAUGGUGACGAGCAGCCAGUGCCAGGCAAUGAUGACGAUAAGGAAGAUUAUGUAAAAACGGUAGACGAAGAAAAGCGACCGGAAAGACGGAAACGAAGCUCCUUCGCGAACGCAGCCUAUCGGACUUAUUACAAACGACCUACUAUGCUACCGCUUCUAAAGCUUCGGCGUGCUGGUGCGAAGGAAGCAACCGACCAUUCGGAUAGCAUCAAUCAACCGGGCACGACAAAGGACGACGAGGAACAGGAAGCUGAUGACGGUUCGCUAACGUCAGCGGAACGUGCCAAGCUUGCGUCCUAUCUGCAGACGAGCAAAUCCACCAGCCGGUUGAAGGAGGCGCGUAAGCUCAUAAAGGAGGAAAAGAUGCGCAAGAUGGCGAGCAAGCUAACAAAGGCAAGCUUCAGUGAGGUGUGCAAUCUGGACCGCAUGUCGAUGAAGGAGUGUCUCAAGAAGCUGAUCGACGACAGUGGCACCCUUGCGGACGAAUUGGACGACGAUGAAGAGGAUUAGUCUGCGGGAGCCUGAAAUUCGGGAAGAAAGCAACGCACGCUAGUACUCGUCUGCAGUGAAUGCGCGUUGUGUUUCAGAACAAACAAAAAUGAAAAAACUCUUUAUUUUGUUUUAGUAAAUAUUAAGUAUGUUUGCCAGGGUUACUGUUGGUUUACUAUAGCUGCUGGAUUGGUUGACCAGAGAUACAUUGUGUAUUUGUAUAUAAACUAUAUAGAAAUACAAGCCCCCAGGCGUGUGUUGUGCUGCCGCCGAGCAAAACGGAGCCCUCAUCAA